UAAUUACGCACCACGAUCUAAAGCUCCCAAAAAACUAAACAAAUCUAAAAAAGAAAUUCACCUUAGCUGGCUGGCUUGCCUUGUACUAUGUCCCAACAUAUACGCUAUACAUAUUCUGCAAACCCAUCAAACAAACAAACACUAACAAAAGUCUUUGUCCUUACUACACUCAUUCUCUCUUUCUCACUUCUUCACUCAAAUUUCAGAUCAAACAAUGAAACACAACAACAACAUUACAAUGCUAGCCAAGACCGAUUCCGAGGCAAGUAGCCUAACACAAUCCUCGCCAACAAGAUCACCCCGACGUGCCUAUUAUGUCCAAAGCCCGUCGCGCGACUCCUCCAACUACGGAGAAAAAACCACAAACUCCUUCAACUCAAGCCCAAUUCAAAGUCCAUUGGGCUCUCCUCCUCAUUCUACUCAUUCCAACUCCUCAAUGGGUCCACAUUCCAACAACUCAUUAGAGCCGCAUUCCGACUCCUCAAUCGGUCCACAUUCUCGUGACUCCGCCUCCACACGAUUCUCUUCCUCCACACGUAAGAGUAGCCGCCGGAAAGCAUUAUGGAAACCUUGGAAGGAACAAUUCUUUCCCAUUGAAGAAGAAGGCCUUCUUCAUGAUCAUGAUGAACAUUAUGGAUUUCCUCGUAGAUGUUUUUUCCCUGCUUUUGUUGUUUGUUUUCUUGUUCUCUUCACUAUUUUCUCUCUCAUUUUGUGGGGUGCAAGUCGUCCUCAAAAGCCUGCCGUUCACCUCAAGAGUAUAAUAUUUGAUAGAUUUAUUAUUCAAGCGGGCGCGGAUGUGUCAGGAGUUGCCACUAGCAUGGUGUCCAUGAAUUCCACUGUGAAAAUGACAUUUAGAAACACAGCCACAUUUUUUGGGGUCCAUGUUAUUUCAACUCCAUUAGAUCUCAAUUACUAUCAGCUUACACUAGCCACUGGAAAUAUGCCAAUAUUUUAUCAAUCGAGAAAGAGUCAGAGAUCUAUUAGAGUAACGGUGAAAGGAGAUCAUAUUCCACUAUAUGGAGGGGGAGCAAGGUUAAACAGCAUAAAUGGUUCACCGGUUGAACCGGUACCAUUGACAUUGAAUAUGCUAGUGAGGUCAAAAGCUUAUGUUUUGGGGAAAUUAGUGAAGCAUAAAUUCAACAAGAAAAUAGAGUGUGAUUUGAUUUUGGAUCCGAAGAAAAUGGGUGUGCCAAUUCCACUUACCAACAAGUGUAGGUAUGAGUUAUAGAUGAGUGACAAAUAAUGCAAUAAUAAUUUAUUUGGUAAUUUAAUAAAAGGGUUUCAGUAUUUAAUUAUUUACUACUACGUACUAGAUUAGAUUCUCAUUUCAUAACGCAGUUUUCUUUGGCUUCACUCUGUCAGAAUUCUGCUUUGUUUUGUCUUGUUACAGGAAAGUUGUAGGAAAUAGCCCAAGUGUAAUUUGGAUUUUGUCGGUGGUUCUAUUUCAACUUAUAUAGUAAUAAUCAUAAAUUAAAUGAAAUCUAUUAUUUAUA